AUGUUUCGAUCUCUGUCCCGCCUCACGGGUAGCCUUGCUCACCUUCGGCAACGAGAUGACCGAGAGGCCCAGAGAGGAAAAGCCUUCGGGGUGCUGUGUGACACGUUUACGCGGUUGAAGGAUAUGUCUAGUGUUUAUGUUCAACCCAAUGAUUUUGAAUCUUUGCCAGUAAAGAUCGAUAUCAAGGUUCUGCCAAUAAACGAUGUCACUAUCGAGGAGACUCCCCGUGCCACAGCACACAAUGACUCCAACUUCUUUCUUCCUCUUUCGCGCGAAAGCAUCUCAUCCAAGUACAAAAUGAACCUGGAGUCCCCCGAGAUUAGAAAACGUUUCUCCGAGGUUAACCAAUUGACUGAUGGCAAUUGCCCUGCGCUGGUCAAGAUAGGAUGCUGGAACGAGGAAGAGCAUUUGGACAGUAUAGUUUAUCAACUCAUGUGGGAAGCGGAUGUUGUCCCCAGAAUGGGGACCGAUGGAAACUCGAGACCUCUGAGGGUAGUCACGGGCUGGAAAUCCCCUGGAUUUGCUUUUGAAGCGAGAUUCGAACCUUGCCUACAUCCCUACUCCCCCCCCUACAGUGAGCCGGCAUAUUGCUGGGUCAAAGGCGGCUUACCUCACAUCAAGAUAGCCGUGUACAAUACCAGUAAUGGGGAUCCAAUCCUUUUACUCCGCUCUGAGGUUGUUACCAUAAUCGCUGCAAUCGCUACCCGUCCUAUGGAUGGAGGACUCGAAAAACAUCUUGUUAUUCCAGUACGUGAAUCCUUGCUAAACUAG